GUAGCAGUUUAUUAACCCGAAGGCGUGCAGGCAGUCUCCGAGCAAUUUUAAACAGCAGUCAGCCUCACACCUUCGUACCGUCUUGAAACCUGGAUUAUUUCUCCCCCUGUCCGACGUUGUGACACGUUUUAUCACCAUGCUCAACUCGACCUGAUGUCCCAGCGUUUUGUUUUUUUCUCCCUGUGGUCCCCUAAACAUUUGAUUUGAACUUUCCUAAUCGAUGCUGAGCGCUGCAAAGAUGUACAACAAGAGCGGAAUGAUGGCAAAAAUCCACACCAGGAUAAGAUCGGAUCCCUUCGCGGCCAAUUACGAGCUGGCGGCCAAAGAACUGGGCCGGGGCAAGUUUGCAGUGGUGAAGAAGUGCACGGAGAAGGCGACGGGCAAGCAGUACGCCGCCAAGUUCCUGCGCAAGCGGCGGAAGGGCCAGGACUGCCGCGUGGACAUCCUCAACGAGAUCGCCAUGCUGGAGCUGGCCAAGUCCAACCCGUACGUGGCGGCCCUGCACGAGGUCUACGAGACGCCCGUCGAGAUCGUCCUGGUGCUGGAAUGCGCCGCCGGCGGAGAGAUUUUUGACCAGUGCGUCGCCGACAACGAUGAUGCGUUCACGGAGAAAGAUGUGAUCCGGUUGGCCCGGCAGAUCCUAAUGGGGGUGGCCUUCCUGCAUCGGAACAAUGUGGUCCAUCUGGAUCUGAAGCCGCAGAACGUCUUGCUGACCAGCGCCAGGCCGCUGGGCGACAUCCGGAUCGUGGACUUCGGCUUGUCCAGACGCGUAGACAGCAUCAGUGAGGUCCGGGAGAUUCUGGGCACUCCAGAGUAUGUGGCACCAGAGAUUCUCAACUAUGAACCCAUCAGCACUGCUACAGACAUGUGGAGCAUCGGGGUUCUAACCUACGUAAUGCUGACCGGCGAGUCGCCCUUCCUGGGUGACGACAAGCAAGAGACCUUCCUCAACAUCUCCCAGGUCAGCGUGGAGUACUCGCACGACACCUUCCAGGACAUCUCUCCGCCGGCCGUCGACUUCAUCAAGUCGCUGUUGGUGAAAAACCCCAGGAAGAGAGCCACAGCGGAGGACUGCCUCAGCCACCCUUGGCUGAAUGGCCACCCCCUUGUGCACCACCACCUCCACGCCUCACGGUCCUCGUCGUCUCUGGACGAACCCGACACGAGCCAGUCCGAGUCCGAGCCGGAGAGCCCGGCGCCGUCCCCGGAACUGGGUCUGAUGGGCUCGUACCUGGCGUGCCCGUGCCAGGGCGAGCUGAAGACGGGCUGCGGCUCUUUCUCCUUUGCUGAGCCGCCCUUUGCCCCUCGACCCGAAAUACAGCAGGAACUCAUCUGCUGAAUGGUCGCAGGGGGAGGACAGACAGACAGACUCCCACUUUUGAGAUGCCAAUGUGGGUUCACCCGGGCAGGCGACGAGGAUGAAGAGUGGUUCCUCGUUUUAAACCCAAUUAACCUUCCAAACUGGACUGGUCGCAAAGCGCUGACCGAAACUGUUUCCACACUUCUCGAGUUUUUGAUGAAGGAGGAGGAGGGGGGGGGGGGGGGUGACUAAAGAAAGUUUGGACGCUUUUGCCACAAAACAGUUAAUUUUUUAUAUUAUUUAUGUUACAUUUGUCUCUACCAUCAGCUCGAGUCAGCAUUCUCAAUUUUCCAAUACAAUCGUGAGCACUUUUUUUUUUUUUUUUUUUU